GGUCCUCUGGAAUUCUUAAGACGAUGGUCUUACUUCCAGGCAGUCUGGCGAUCAGCCCUAUCUGGAACUCCACUUCCAGAGCCAUUAAAUAGAAAGAUAUCGACGGGCGUACCUCAACGCCGUCGACACCAAUCACCUAACAUUCGUCACUUUCCAGUGGAUUCAAGUUUAUCAAAAUCGGGGAAUAGAAAUAUUCGAAAAUAUCAACCGAUUUGCCUGAGACUUCUCACACGCCGAGCUGUUCGAGGUUACAUUGCAAGGGCAGAAAUGUCAAGACGGCACUGUUCGUCAUCUGUUCUAACUCCAGUAUUGACGAUUCCAUCGCUUCAGCGUUUCUUAGGUUACUUCCACAGUCUACAACAUAUGCUUGGGGCACCUCUUCCCACAGCUUUGCAAAUCCUUCUGCUAUCAGCCGCUUCUCCUUCAGGAGAUAGAUCUGCAAUUUUACAAGGUCGAGAGGAAGAAAACUACUAA